CGCCACAGUCAUAUUUUGUGUUUUCGGCUUUCCGGAUUGUUAGUUGGAGCCGUAAGAUUUAAGACAAAGUAAGUAAAGACACAGUUGAACCUGGGUUUUAAAUAUGUCUGUAAUACUACUUUUGAUGAUACUAUUUUUAUGAUACUAUUUUUGAUGAUACUAUUUUUAUGAUACUAUUUUUGAUGAUACUAUUUUUGAUGAUACUAUUUUUGAUGAUACUAUUUUUAUGAUACUAUUUUUGAUGAUACUAUUUUUGAUGAUACUAUUUUUGAUGAUACUAUUUUUAUGAUACUAUUUUUGAUGAUACUAUUUUUAUGAUACUAUUUUUGAUGAUACUAUUUUUGAUGAUACUAUUUUUGAUGAUACUAUUUUUAUGAUACUACUUUUGAUGAUACUAUUUUUAUGAUACUAUUUUUGAUGAUACUAUUUUUGAUGAUACUAUUUUUGAUGAUACUAUUUUUAUGAUACUAUUUUAUGAUACUAUUUUUGAUGAUACUAUUUUUGAUGAUACUAUUUUUGAUGAUACUAUUUUUGAUGAUACUAUUUUUGAUUAUACUAUUUUUAUGAUACUAUUUUUAUGAUACUAUUUUUGAUGAUACUAUUUUUAUGAUACUAUUUUUGAUGAUACUAUUUUUGAUGAUACUAUUUUUGAUGAUACCAUUUUUGAUGAUACUAUUUUAGAUGAUGCGAUUUCUGAUAGUAAAAUUUCUGAGAUUUUCAGCGCAAUUUAACAAAACAAAUUUUUGAAGUUAAUCUAUCUUUAAGCUCUGAAAAACGACAUGGUCUAUUAAAAUAAUAAUUGAUUAUAAGCACUCUUAUAACAUGCUUAGGUUCAACUAAAGUAAUACUAAGUGCAUUGCCUAUAUUAGACAGGAGCCAUAUCUGAAAAUGUUACCAAAAAAGUACAUUCCUUUUUUAAAUAAUAAAAACUCUAAGAAGCGAUUGAAUUAAAAAGUAAUUGAUGGUGAUUCCCUCCCACGACAAAACCAGUGGGUCUCAAGUUAUAUUGUAAAAUAUGUUCACAGUUUCACAUAAGUGCGAGUCCUUAAAAAUAAAAAAAAACACUAUUUAACUUUUAAUUGCCCCCCCCCUGUCCCAAAAUAUUUUAAUUGCCCCCCUUUAGAGCGCAGAUGCCCCAAGACUUCAAAAGUUGGUUUAAACUAUUCGUUGGGAAUAAGGUUUAUUUGAUAUUAAUUAGAACUGUGCAUUCUAAUUUCUUUGUGUCAUCUCUAUUGAGUUCUUUAUGAGAAAAGAUCAAGCUACAAUUUAAAGUAACAAAGAACAGAACUUGUUUGAGGUAACAAAGAAAAGGACAACCUACAGUUUGAAGUAACAAAGAAAAGAACAACCUACAGUUUGAGGUAACAAAGAACAGAUGAAACUUCAGUUUGAAGUAUCAAAGAACAGAACAAUCUACAGUUUGAGGUAACAAUGAAUAGAGCAAGCUACAGUUCGAAGUAACAAAGAAAAGAAAAAACUACAGUUUGAAGUAACAAAGAACAGAAAAACCUACAGUUUGAGGUAACAAUGAACAGAACAACCUACAGUUUGAAAUAACAAAGAAAAGAACAACCUACAGUUUGAAAUAACAAAGAACAGAACAACCUACAGUUUGAAGUAACAAAGAACAGAACAACGUACAAUUUGAAGUAGCAAAGAACAGAACAUCCUACAGUUUGAAGUAACAAAGAACAGAACAACCAACCGUUUAAGGUAACAAAGAAAAGAACAACCUACAUUUUGAGGUAACAAUGAACAGAACAACCUAAAGUUUGAAGUAACUAAGAAAAGAAUAACCUACAGUUUGAAGUAACAAAGAAAAGAACAACCUACAGUGUGAAGUAACAAAGAAAAGAACAACCUACAGUUUGAGGUAAUAAAGAAAAGAAUAACCUACAGUUUGAGGUAACAAAGAACAGAACAACCUACAGUUUGAGGUAACAAAUAACAGAACAACCUACUGUUUGAGGUAACAAAGAAAAGAACAACCUACAUUUUGAGGUAACAAAGAACAGAACAACCUACAGUUUGAGGUAACAAAGAACAGAACAACCUACAGUUUGAAGUAACAAAGAAAAGAACGACCUUCAGUCUUCUAGGUGUUUUAUGGUACACUUUAUUCAAAUACAAGAAUUUGUAAUUACAUUGCUCAAAUGAAAUAAAGCUGGCUUUGCUACUCCGUGGCUGUGUGGCAUUGUUUCCUAUUACACCUUUACACACGCUGCAUUGGAAUAAUGUUUUCUACCUCAUUCAUAUUGGUACAAAGCUUUAUAAUUUAUUUCAGAUUAAACUACAUUAGUAUUAUUUCAUUGAGAUUAUAUAUAUAUAUAUAUAUAUUAAAUAUAUAUAUAUAUAUAUAUAUAUAUAUAUAUAUAUAUAUAUAUAUAUAUUAUUAUUUAAUUGAUAUUAUAUAUAUAUAUAUAUAUAUUAAAUAUAUAUAUAUAUAUAUAUAUAUAUAUAUAUAUAUAUAUAUAUAUAUAACUACAAAUAUUUAUAUAUAUAACAGGUUCACAAGUCAAAAAUGAAUUCUUCUAGUACAUUCAGCGAUUCAUCAGAAUCAUUCGAGAACAUCCUAUCUCUAAUAUUUACUUUGCUUGGAGUUAUGGACACUUUCGACUACGUGGCCAUCGCUUUUGGAAUCUUACCAAACUUGUGGAUCCUGCUGGCCACACUUACUUCACCGGAUCUCCGCGCGCGCAUGCGCAAUAAAAUCGUCUGCAGCUUCUGCGUGCUGCACCUCCUGAACUGCUUGCUGUUCAUGCCGAUGGAGAUAGAAAUCGAUCGUCUUAGCAGACGUUAUGAUAUUUUAAACUGUGACUUACGUAACUUCGUCAAACUUAUGGAACUCUUGCAGGACUUCAUCUCCAACUGGACGCUGGUGUUGCUGGUCGUAGUUUUCAUCGCCCGAAUUUGUGACUUCAAGCCGUGCGCGGGUUUGACAAGUCUGACAACGACGCUCGGAACGUACGCCAUCUUGAUCUCACCUUGGGUGGCUUCCCUUGUCAUCAUCCCAGGAGUUAGGAACUCGCUUUCGCAUUAUGUCACGAGCAAUAUUUCUAGCACAUUUAGUGGCUGUAUGUUCACAACAUCCGAUGAAACACUUGUUAUCAAAUCCCUAGACACGGCUGUGCCCAUGUUCACGGCUGUGACCCUAAUGGUGACGGCUGUGGUAUUAAGGCGCCGACGGUUCACGAGAGGAUCCCCUGGGGACAUGGAGGUCGAGCUCAUUGAACGGGGACCGGAAGUCGACGGUCAUAUUGGAUACACGGCAGCUGUUGGGGUGUCGUUGGUUUGCGACUUCGCCACUGCAUUCAUGUCUUUUGAUCUGGUUGAGAUGGAGAUAGUCCCAAGGUAUGAUAAUUUUACAUAAAUAUAGGCUGAUAUUACUCAUAAUCUGAUUAAUCGUGCUCAGGUGUGUGUUAAUGUUACAUUAAAAUGUGCUGAUAUCACCCAUGAUCUGACUAAAUGUAUGCAGAUGUGUGAUAAAUUUACAUAAAGCUUGACUGAUAUAAUGAUAUAUUAGGCCAAAUUUGCGAGGUAUUUGGUUACUAUUAAAUCGUUUUGGAAUACAAAUGCACAGUGGUUGGCAAAUAGUGCGAAUAUUUUUAUGAAUCUUUCACCAAUAGGAUAAUAAUACGCACAUUUAUAUCCAUCUUGUAUCAUGAAGAUAAUCAUUCAUACAUUUCUAUCCAACUUUAACCAUGAGGAUGAUCAUACACAAAUGUAUACUCAUCUUUGACCAUGAGGAUGAUCCUACACAAAUGUAUACUCAUCUUUGACCAUGAGGAUGAUCCUACACAAAUGUAUACUCAUCUUUGACCAUGAGGAUGAUCCUACACAAAUGUAUACUCAUCUUUGACCAUGAGGAUGAUCCUACACAAAUGUAUACUCAUCUUUGACCAUGAGGAUGAUCCUACACAAAUGUAUACUCAUCUUUGACCAUGAGGAUGAUCCUACACAAAUGUAUACUCAUCUUUGACCAUGAGGAUGAUCCUACACAAAUGUAUACUCAUCUUUGACCAUGAGGAUGAUCCUACACAAAUGUAUACUCAUCUUUGACCAUGAGGAUGAUCCUACACAAAUGUAUACUCAUCUUUGACCAUGAGGAUGAUCCUACACAAAUGUAUACUCAUCUUUGACCAUGAGGAUGAUCCUACACAAAUGUAUACUCAUCUUUGACCAUGAGGAUGAUCCUACACAAAUGUAUACUCAUCUUUGACCAUGAGGAUGAUCCUACACAAAUGUAUACUCAUCUUUGACCAUGAGGAUGAUCCUACACAAAUGUAUACUCAUCUUUGACCAUGAGGAUGAUCCUACACAAAUGUAUACUCAUCUUUGACCAUGAGGAUGAUCCUACACAAAUGUAUACUCAUCUUUGACCAUGAGGAUGAUCCUACACAAAUGUAUACUCAUCUUUGACCAUGAGGAUGAUCCUACACAAAUGUAUACUCAUCUUUGACCAUGAGGAUGAUCCUACACAAAUGUAUACUCAUCUUUGACCAUGAGGAUGAUCCUACACAAAUGUAUACUCAUCUUUGACCAUGAGGAUGAUCCUACACAAAUGUAUACUCAUCUUUGACCAUGAGGAUGAUCGUACACAAAUGUAUACUCAUCUUUGACCAUGAGGAUGAUCCUACACAAAUGUAUACUCAUCUUUGACCAUGAGGAUGAUCCUACACAAAUGUAUACUCAUCUUUGACCAUGAGGAUGAUCGUACACAAAUGUAUACUCAUCUUUGACCAUGAGGAUGAUCGUACACAAAUGUAUACUCAUCUUUGACCAUGAGGAUGAUCGUACACAAAUGUAUACUCAUCUUUGACCAUGAGGAUGAUCCUACACAAAUGUAUACUCAUCUUUGACCAUGAGGAUGAUCCUACACAAAUGUAUACUCAUCUUCGACCAUGAGGAUGAUCCUACACAAAUGUAUACUCAUCUUCGACCAUGAGGAUGAUCCUACACAAAUGUAUACUCAUCUUUGACCAUGAGGAUGAUCCUACACAAAUGUAUACUCAUCUUUGACCAUGAGGAUGAUCCUACACAAAUGUAUACUCAUCUUUGACCAUGAGGAUGAUCAUACACAAAUGUAUACUCAUCUUUGACCAUGAGGAUGAUCCUACACAAAUGUAUACUCAUCUUUGACCAUGAGGAUGAUCCUACACAAAUGUAUACUCAUCUUUGACCAUGAGGAUGAUCCUACACAAAUGUAUACUCAUCUUUGACCAUGAGGAUGAUCUUAUACAAAAUUAUUAGGAGUUAGAUUUAUUGCUUUUCUUUUUUUCUUUUUUUCUUUUUUUUUUUAAUUCUACUACUUUUUUUCCUAGGACCAUUUCACAAGCUCCACAGCACUUGAUGUUUACCGUAAACCCUGCUCUGAAAAGCUUGGCCAUAAUUUCAACAAGCAACGCUUAAACUUUCUAUCAAAAUUUUAAAAGAUUUUAGGCAUCAUAAAAUAAGUCGUUUUUUUAAACUCCUUUUCUUCUUCUUAAGUUUUUUUUUUGUUGUUGUUGUUUUGGAAGUUAUUUUUUUGGAAGUUAUUUUUUUGGAAGUUAUUUUUUUGGAAGUUAUUUUUUUGGAAGUUAUUUUUUUGGAAGUUAUUUUUUUGGAAGUUAUUUUUUUGGAAGUUAUUUUUUUGGAAGUUAUUUUUUGGAAGUUAUUUUUUUGGAAGUUAUUUUUUUGGAAGUUAUUUUUUUGGAAGUUAUUUUUUUGGAAGUUAUUUUUUUUGGAAGUUAUUUUUUUGGAAGUUAUUUUUUUGGAAGUUAUUUUUUUGGAAGUUAUUUUUUUGGAAGUUAUUUUUUUGGAAGUUAUUUUUUUUUGGAAGUUAUUUUUUUGGAAGUUAUUUUUUUGAAACAAAAUACAAAAGAUUUAUAUCCUUUUUUUUAAAUUUAUUUCUUAUGGAAAUAUAAACCUUGGGGGUAAAUCAUUGUGACGGGAGAGGGCGCUCCAUCCCGGUGGGGGGCAGUUCAUUGGGGGCGGCCCGUUUGAGACCGCUUACAGGUGAUAUGCAUUCUGUACUUUUUUAUGAUUUUCUUGUGUGGGGCGUGGCAACGUCUUUCCUGGCGAACCGGCGAACCCCCCCCCCCCCCCCCCCCCCCAUGUCGUAUCAAACUUUAGGCUUUUAUCCACUGUUCGGAUUUUAGGGAUCCUGAGGAAAUGUCCACCGUUUUUUUGUUACUGAUGUUGAGCAAACUGCAUGUACGGAAUAUGUAAUCUAUUCAUUAUUUUUUUUUAAGUUAACAUAUACCGAAUCUUGUCUCGGUACACGAUUAAGUGGUUUCGGUAACAAGCCUGGAGGGAGUUGGCGUGAGAGGUCAUGUUAUCGUGUCCCAUCGUCUCUAGUACUCGGUCUAAAAGUCUGCAUUGACCCUAUUCUAAGUGCAUCUCUUUUCACUUCCAGCAUCUCCGCUGCCUUCGUCUGUUAAAAUUCAAAUAAUGAUUUCAUUGACAUGUGUAUUUUAUUUAUAGAUGGGUCUUCUAUACCGUGGCGUGCAUCAUGUCCCAGACUAAAGUCUUCCUCACUCCUCUGCCCUGGCUGCUCUUCCCAGACAUCAGAGAACGUGUCAAGACGUGGCGGCCGUGGCGCCGUGCCAAACCUGGCAUCGACGUGACACUUGUCUUUAAGAACGUACAUUCUUGAACUUCAAAUUUUUGUGAGAAAUCAUUAUAUAUGAUAAACGAACCCAACGAAUCAAAUAUAAGAGAUGAAUGGAUAUAUAAUGUAUCAUGGAUUCAACUUCAUUCCGUAAAAACGUAAACACAGCAUAGUCAGUAUUCUGUUAAAUAAAACAAUGUUAUUUUUGGUCAGUAUUUAUCAAUAAUCAUGCUCUGUACAAUUUGAGACGGGUUAACACAUGUUGUUUUCAUUGCUAAACUUUAAACAUCAUUAUAUAAGAUAAAUGCUAGAAUAACUAUAUAUAGAUUAAAUAUAAAAUAAAUAAUAUAAUAGAUAUAUGUUAUAUAAAUAAUAGCAAGGCUCUAACAGCGGUAAAAACACAGCA